CAGCAAUAGAGUUGCGGAAAUCCAAACACUCGCAUCAGAUUGCCAUAGGAAACAUUUUCCAUUUAUGUCUCUGAACAAAUGUGCAGCACUGGAUGUAUCGAUCCCAAGCCUGCGCUUGCGCCUUCUCCGUUUACUCCUCCGCUUUUGCAACUAGGAUGGUGAGAGGCAUCGGAUUUCUCAAGAUCUCACAAAACAUCCCACAUCAUUGAAUAACAACCGUAGAAAGACGAGUAGAAUGCCUUCUUUUGAUGACGACCUUCUACAACUGGAAUUCAUAGUACCCAAGAGAACAGAAAAGAGCAUGACAGAGGAUUUAACCCCUAGCGUUGUUCUGAAGAAUAACCGACUGACGAAGCCAAAAGAUUGCGAUGCGGACGUAGUGAGUGGAAAAGCAUCGCCAGACAGUUGCGAAACUUCUAAGGAUUGUGGCACAGAAAAAGAAGAAACCCUAGAGCAAGCCCAGUUCUCAGAUCCUUUGCAAAGUGGAAGCCGAGACACGGAUUCAGACCCUGAAGAUGACGCUCGAGACAAUGGCGUUUAUUUUGCAGAGACUGUAGAUUUUCCAGACAGCCCCUUGCAUUUGAAGCUUUUAAAGAAAAGAUCUCGUGAAGCUCAAGGUCUUGAUACUGAAGAUGAUGACGAGGAGGAAUCAACGACAUUUUCUAUCAUGGGAAAAGGUCAUCAUCAUCCACAUCGCUCCCGUAGAGAGAGGCCAAAAACACUGAUGUCUUCUAAUGCCAAAGGCAGUGAUUCCAGAAGAAAAAUAACAGUGAACCCAGAUGUUCUAAGUUCGGAUGUCUUAAAAGAUGAUGAUCAGAGAAGUAUCGAUUCAUUAAGCAACAAAAGUGAUGUCUUAUCACCCCUCGAUGAUCUUGCUACUCCUGAUGACAUUGAUACCCCAGAUGACUUGGAUGAUGAUCUUUUCGAUACAACGGAAGAAAUCCGGGACAGCGGAAGUCAUUGGAAAGCCUGCGUUGUCGGAGGAGAGGAGAGAAGAAUCGAUAUGAAAGUCAUCGAACCAUAUAAAAAAGUACUCUCUCAUGGAGGAUAUAUUGGAUCAUCAAACCUUGCUAUCAUUGUUUUCAGUGCUUGUUAUCUUCCCGAUCGUAGCAGAUUAGACUAUGAUUAUGUGAUGGACAAUCUCUUUUUGUAUGUUUUGACUACUUUGUCUCAACUUGUUGCUGAAGACUAUGUCCUAGUAUAUCUGCAUGGGGCUACUUCAAGAAGCUGCAUGCCAAGUUUUGGUUGGUUAAAGAGAUGCUAUCAGAUGAUUGAUAGGAGACUUCGGAAAAAUCUAAAGGGUCUCUACCUUGUCCAUCCCACAUUUUGGUUAAAGACGAUCGUUAUAAUGACGAAACCUUUUAUCAGUUCUAAAUUCAGCCGGAAACUACGAUUCGUCAACAGCUUGCAAGAACUGGAAGAACUCAUUCCAAUGGAUCAUGUUUGCAUUCCAGAUAAAGUUAAAGAGUUUGACGAAACCAGGAUUAUUGUGGCUUAACGCAUUCCAUAUCUAAAAGAUUUCAAGGAGAAUUAUUUGUUCCAAUACCAAUCAAGGUGGGUUUCUUCACAUGACGUCAAUUCAGAUGGUCUCAGUGCUAUUUUCGCUAUACCGGAUUUUCCAAGAAAGAAAUUCAGACAACAGAACCGUCUUUAUUUAUUUUACGGAGCGUUAAUAAAUGGGGUUUCUCGUAAAAUAUAAAUUCUAAACUUUUCUUUAUCAUAAAAUAACAAGGAGCUUCAGAAUAUGCUGUGAACUAAAAAAAAAUACUGAGAUGGUAGAUUAAUUUAUGUACUCAAAUGAAGUGUGUAAAAGAGGCAAAAACUCAUAGAUUUUAUAUGGAAUGAAGAAAAAGAGUUUAAGAAUGAUUUUCAAAUGAAUUGCCUUGAAACUGAAAUCGUAAUUUCUACUAUGAAAAAAAAAGUUCUUUAAAUGCUUUUGAUCAUAAAUCACGGAAAAUUUAUUUUGUUUAAUAAAAUGUCAUAAGACAAAAAAAAAUUUUUAGAAGAACUAUAUGGAAUAACAUUUAGGAAGAUAAAUCUAAAACACAAGAAUUUGUGAUAAUUCAAACAGAAAAUUAAAAUUUCAAGCUCAGUUUUAUUCUUACAUUCUUAACUGAAAUUUCUUUCCAGUAUU